AUGCAGUCGGAAGCCGAGCCUUCCGAUGCCGAAGAUGGUCUACCCUUGACAUUCUUUUGGAAAGGGGUGGAUGGAAGGUCUUCGGGGCAGCUUGGUGACAAUGCUUUGCCUGGCGAUCUCCUUGAGGAUGCCUCUCAGGCCGCAGGUGUGGCAAGCGGGGAGCAUCUGGAGAUAAACUCAGUUGAUGGGGCUUUUUCUGCGAACUUAGAUGUUUUCGAGGAAGAUGUUUGGUCCUGUGGGAAUUCCGCUGCGGAACGAGACUGGUAUAAAGUUGAUUUGUCGGAAGAUGGUGCUGCUCUGCCUUCAGAGGUUUCAGAGGGCCUUCCGACGGAGGCUCAUGGUUUGGGCUUGUCAUCUGCGGCGGCAGGCUCUUCUGCUGCUUCUGCUAGAAAUUUGGACAGGUCGAUGGCGGCAGCUUUCCAAACUUUGGAUGUUCCUCAAGUAAAGCAAGUCUGGGAGAAUGAUUUCUGGGGAAGUAUUUUUACUCCUCAGUCAGAGGAUUCCUUCCGUGGGUUUUAUGGAACUGGCCUCAAGAGGCCUCUGCAGCCUGGCGUCCCAGAAGGCGUCUUGGAGCAACCUUCGAAGAACCCGCAGAGGGCGGGAAGGGUCGUCACUAGAAUUUUCGAGAUGGCCGUUGUCAACAGAGUGGUUGCUUCAUGGAAGCAGCAGCGCGAGGAACAGCUUUUGGAAGCGGUCGGUGCUUGGGCUGUUUUCAUUGGCAGAUGGUCUGAAGGUGUGCAGGUGCGGGAUCAGCUUUGUGAACUUCCCACUGACGAUGAAAGGAAGGCCAUGACUUACGAUGUGCUGGGUGCAAAGGCCCCGGGCACACUUCGCAAGAGGUUAAGGAGUCUCUUGAAGUAUGAAGCUUUCCUUCGUCAGAAGAAGCUGGUUUUCCCUGCAAACGAGAUUUUGCUUUACAUGUUCCUCUGUCUUGAAAGGGAUGGGGGUGCCAGCUUAUCUUCGCGAAAGGCUACGUAUGAAGCAGUGGUUUUCUGCAGAUACGUCCUGGGGGUAGAGGAGCUGGACCUAUGUGUCAAGAGCAGGCGAUGCCUUGGCAAUGCGUGCCGUGGCGAGGUGAGGCCGAGGAACAGGGCUUCGCCGCUGACGGUAGAUGAGCUCUCCCUUCUGCACGACCGGCUGGAGAACGCACAGGACCCGUGGGACCGCGUUUUCGCUGGAGCAGUUUUGCUGUGUGUAUAUUCGCGGUCAAGAUGGUCAGACCUGAUGCAUGCAGAGGGAAUUAUUUAUGAUUAUGACAACCAGAAGAAUCUUGCCUAUGUGGAGUGCCCCGUGGCGUACCAUAGGAAUAUGAGGAGCCGAGUUAUGCGGCAUGAUCUGCUUCCUAUGGUGGCUCCUGGCCUGGGAGUUGCGGGUUCCAACUGGGCGAGGCUGUGGAAGCUUGCUAGAGAGGAACUCAACAUUCCAGAUCCUCCGGAAUUUCCUGUCAUGCCGGCGCCGGAUAAGUCUGGUGCUGCUAGUGUCAGGCCGCUGGAUACUGAGGAGAUGGGCAGGUGGCUGAGACAUCUGCUAACGGGUUCUGGAUCAAAGCAAGCUGACAGAAAGCUAUCAUCGCACAGCUGCAAGUGUACCAUGUUGAGCUAUGCGGCAAAGAGGGGAAUCAGUAUUGUCGACAGGCAGCUGUUGGGAUAUCACACGACGCCGCACCGCAUGGCCCUGACAUACUCCCGUGAUUCUGCAGCUCAUCCUUUGAUGAUCUUGGAGCGGAUGAUCAAGGAGAUAAGGGAUCGAGUUUUUCUUCCAGAUGAGACUCGUAGCGGGCGCUUGGUGGGCAAAGCCGCUGACUCGCAGCAGCGGUCAGAGGUAGUUGUGAUAAAGGAUGAACAUGACCCGCCCUCUCCUAUCGAAGGGGAUGAUGCUGCUCAUAACCUUGCAGGCGAUGAAGAAGCCCUCGACGCUGAGGCCACCGGGCAUAUCACUACGGACUCUUCCUCCAGCGACUCUUGCCCGGAGGAGGCCGAGGGACCGUUCUCGAAGCUGGUAGUGAAUGUUCCCGAGGGUCAUGAUGUGUGGAGGCACGAGAAGUCGAGAGUGGUGCAUUUUGUUCCCAACAUGUCGACCGUGAUCGAAAGCGAGGCUGCCUUUAAGCAGAGAUGUGCUGAAGCUUCGAAGGAUGCGACUCUGCAUACCAAGUUGGAGGCACAAGGCAUCAGGUGCUUCAAGACAUUGGCUUUCGCGAUAGGGUCGCCUCAGCAGCCGCCUACGGAGGCUCAGUUUGACGAAUUCAGUGUGAAGGUGUACGGAGCUGCUCCUACCAUGGGGCAAACCGCAAUCUUGCGGCAUCUGCACUUCGAGGCCACGACUCUAGUGGUUCAGACUUACAGGGACAUGGUCACCAACGACCCGUCUGAUCCAUCGCAUACCAGGAAGGUUCCGGUCCCUGAAAAACGGGCCAGGCUGGAAUUCCAGAGGCGGCGACUUUCAGGAAUGGAGAUUUCUGGAGAGCUUGAGCCUUCGCAUCAGCUUCUUGACAUAGCAAAUCAGCAAUACGAGUCCGGAGUUCUUACUUGGAUUCCUGCGUCGAAAUGUGCCAAGAGGGAAGCUGAGGUCCUUGCAUUGGGCAAGGAUAGGAGCUCUUUGUUGCAAGUGGAGCAAAACGUCAUAAAGGUGGGGCCUGGUGACCAGGCUAUCGCUUGUGAUGUUUCGGAUCCCCUGCGUUUUCAGUGGGCCAUGAUGCGAAGAGGCAUAGCUUUUGACAACUGUCACCUUCUAUCCUGGGAUGUGCAUCAGAGGUGGAUUCAGAAGAUGCUGGAUUGCCUUUCCGCAACCCCGCCACCGAGUUAUAGCCCAGUCAGUUUGAAUCAAUGCAUGCGCGCGGAUAAGGAGCUUUUUCUGCUAUUGGCCAGGGAGGCUGUGCCUCCUUUCAAGGUGGACUCGCUCGGGGUCUCGCCGCUUGAUGCAAAGUUUUCAGCAAUGAUGUAUGAUGUCCGUCUUCAGCAGUUCCUGUUGCCGCUUCCGAAGCAGACAGCUCCUGUCUUGGCAGUGCCUGUGGAUGAUGGGGACUGCACUUUUGGUGCAGCAGCCGCUGGAGAGCAGACUAGGCCGUUGGUGUACCGUGCUCUUGAGCAGGUGCGGGGAUUGCACCGCGACGAGAACAAUCGUGAUGGCCCUACAUUGUUGGUGCCUUUGACGGACUUUGAGAACGGUGAACUUUGGUUUCAGAAGGUUGGAGGUGAUGUCGCUUCGUUGAAUGACCCUUCUUUGGAGGGCCGUGGAAAGGUCGCAGAGUUGUCAUGCUUGCUUAUUCGGUGCGUCAGUGCGAGGAGCUCCGGCCUGAAUUACGAGCUGCCGUCGCAGCGUGAUGCCAGCAGUGUCCAGCCGUCGGCGGCGGGAAUGUACUUCGUUGAGUUGUGUGCUGGGCGGGCUGGUGAACAAGUUGUCAUCAUGGAUUUGAGUGAUCCAGCUCAGGCUGAAGCAGUUGUCGAUUUCUUGCGAGUUGAGUAUCAUCACGUCAUCUGUGUUUUCAUCUCACCUCCGGUGGGCACCGCAUCUUUCAUGCGUGAACGGCAUAAGCCCGGUUCUGCUGAACUUGAUUUGAAGAUGCCACAUGCUUUGAGGUCGGCGUUGCAUCCGGAUGGCUUGCCGACUUUGCGUGGUCGUGAUAAACUCCAGGUUGAGCGUGCAAAUCAACUGUUUGAUCAGCUUGCAAGCAUUGCAUGUGAGGCUUGUGAUCUUGGAAUCCUGACAGUCUUGGAGAGUCCUUCUAACAGCCGUUAUUGGGACACCUCUUUCUGUGCUAAGGUGACCAAUCAUGUGCAGGGUCACUUUGUGAAAUUUCAUGCCUGUGUGCAUGGGGGUCACAGACCCAAGUUGAUGCAGCUUUGGUCGUCACAGGACGUUUUUGGCAUGCUUGCGGGUCGCUGUGACGGGUCGCACGAGCACAAACCGUGGCGACCUUUCAUUUCGAAAAGGAAGCGGGUGAGCUUCAUCACAGCAGAUGAACCCGAAUUUCCCCCGCUCCUCGUCGAUCGUAUCCUUGGUUGCAUCGUCCACGCGCAUCCCAGCUUGUCCUUCGGGCCACGUGUGCUUGCGCAGGCAAUACAGGAUCCUUCUGCGAAUGUCGCCAGGAUCAAUCUGGGCACUCAACCCAGGGGAAACUCCUUGCCUUCCCUUGUGUGGGAGUUUGACACUACCUUGGAUUUUGUUGUGCCCGUGCAAAAUGACAAGCCGUUGGAAGCUGUGCUUUUUUCCCUUCCAAAGGGCUCCAGAAUCUUCUCGAGACGUGUGUGUGAGUGGGGUUCGCUGAAGAGUCUCCUCGAAGGAGUUGGCAAGCCAAAAACAAACAUCUUGGGCUUGGACCCUUUGCGUCCGCCUGCUUGUGCAGAGCUUGUGCAAGUCGGUGUACCGUGCUCUGAAGAUGUCUUUGUUGAGAGAGCUAUUGCGGCAGGCCACCCACGGUCCUUGGCAGUCCAUGUUGAGCCUUUCGUCACAGUUAGUGCACGUGCUAACUUUGAGGCUCCUCCGGCAGAACUUGCGGCCUUCAGGAUUGAUGCAAUGAAGUUUUGGAUUGGUCGUGCAGGCGCCCUCAAGGAAAAGGAGCAGGAACUUCACCAAAAUCUCCCUGAUCACCUGCGGCCCAUACUUAAAGGAAAGAAGCUCUUGCUUCUCCAAGAGAUGAUGAGAGCCGCAGGGUGUGAGGAUGUCGACCUUGUUUCUGAUAUAUGCCAAGGUUUCAAGUUGUCGGGCUGGCUUCCUGCGUCGGGUGAGUUUGUGCCGAGGUCCAGACGGCCCAAAUUCAGUGUCGAGACGUUGGGAGUUUUGUCGAAGGGCUUGAACAAAGCAACCUUGCAAAAGCUGUCCAGGAGGCAGGAUUCCGAAAUUGAAGAAUCCACCUGGGUUGAAACCCAAAAGGAGAUUGACGCAGGUUGGGUGUGGCUUGAGGAAGGGCCGGUUCCUGAGAUGGUCUCGAUUGCUAUGCGCUUCGGAAUCAUGCAGAACAAAUUGAGGGUCAUCGAUGACCUUUCUUGUUGCGGCCUAAACGCGACAGUGGGCUUGCUGGAAAAGUUUUGCUUGCAUACGAUUGAUAAGCUUGCGGCCAUGAUGGCUCAUGCUUUUGAUGUCGUGUCCGGUGUUAUGCCUGAGUGCUGCGGCCGAACUUUCGACCUUACGGCAGCGUACAAGCAAUUUGGUGUGUGUGCUGCUGACCGUGAAAGGCUACGCAUUGCUGUCAACAGGCCAGGCCACCACAAGCCGAGCUUCCUGGGCGUAAACGCCCUCCCCUUCGGAGGGGUGGGGUCGGUCGCUGCUUUCCUAAGGAUAAGUAUCGCCUUGUGGAAGAUCGGAAUAGUCCUUUUCAGGCUAUUCUGGUCUGCCUUUUUCGAUGACUACAGCAUAGUUUCUGCGAAGAGCCUGGAAUCGAAUGCCCAGUGGACUGUGGAAACUUUGUUUGACCUGCUUGGUUUCCGCUUCGCCAAGGACGGCUCCAAAGCCGAACCCUUCGGAGUUACCUUCAACAUGCUCGGCCUCUCUGUUGAUCUGUCUUGUGUGAAGCAGCGGAUCCUUCGUGUGGGUCAUACUCAGAAGCGAAAGGAGGAGCUCACCGAGUACAUCCAAACCAUCCUUCGGCUGCCGAACAAUCUUACUGAAGAUUUGAUGUGGGCGUUGACGUGGCUUCGUGAAAGAAUAGCCCUGAGCCAGCCUUUAGUUGUCGAGCGAAACCUCAUCACAACGCUGAUCGUUUUCACUGACGGGGCUUGCAAUCCAGAGGAAGGCACGGGAGGUGUCGGAGGCGUCCUUGUGAAUGCCUCUGGUACUCCGUGCGAGUUCUUCGGUGAGGCAGUUCCAAGCGAUGUGAUGCAGCAGCUUUUGAGCAUCAGCGCAAAUCCCAUUUUCGAGCUUGAGUUGAUUCCAGCACUGAUCAGCCUUAUCAUUUGGGCCGAGCGCUUGAAAGGAGCUCAAGUAGUGUUUUAUCUUGACAAUGAUGGUGCUCGCCAUUCUCUGAUCCGAACCUUUGGCGGUAGCUCAAUCGCCAACUCUGUGAUUGAAUCUUUCCUUCAGCUUGAAACCACGUUGCAGCUGAAGACGUGGUUCGCUCGCGUACCGACUGCUUGCAACAUAGCAGACAAUCCCUCACGGCUGGAAUUUGAGCCUCUUUUAAAAAGAGGUGCUGCAAGGCGUGCUAUUCCGUGGGACCAGGUCAUGCCGUAG